AUGGUGAAACCGGAACGACGAAGUGUGACGAGUGUAGCUCAAGAGUUUGGUAUUGUUCACAGCAUUGUUUCACGUGGGUCUAGAGCGUUCCGAACCACAGCCAUUGCUUCCCGAAGAAGAGGCGGUGGUCGACCACGGUUAACUACGGCGGAAGAUGACCGCUACAUUGUGCAACGGGCAAGAAGGGACCCAUGUCCGUUAGUGCUUUUCGAUGUCGCGCAUUGUCACAGAAAAAUUAAGAGGCCCAAAUACACCCCUAAAAAGACGCAAAUGGGAAAGGAGUACAGUGUCAAAGUAACGUUGACUGGUGAUUGUACCAUGUUCAAAGACUCUGAGCACCAUCGCAAACGGUGCCGCCGAUUUGCUGAAAUCAACGGAGCACAACGUACUGGUUCUUGGGCAAAGAGUCCACCUCCAUGCAGCCGUGCCACUGUAGAGAUUAACCGUGGUCGACCACCUCGUCUCCUUCGGAAAGCGGUGGCUGUGGUUCGGAACGCUCUAGACACCGUGAAACAAUGCUGUGAACGAUACCAAACUCCUGGGCUACAGACGUCACACUCCGUCCUUCCAGUUUCACGAUGA